AUGGCAAAAGAAAGCAACGGCGAUUUCCCGCGAGCGCUGAGCCAGGAGACCACACUCGUUCCAGACAGCACGACACUGCAGCUCGAGGAGAAGCAAUAUGAUGAGAUCAAAGUCUAUCAGCAGACAGUGCAGGACCUCUACCGUACACUCGAGACCUCGCACCGUGACGGUCUGACGAAGACGCAAGCGGAAGCUCGUCUGAUCAAGUACGGAGACAACGCCCUCAAAGGUGAUGGCGGCGUCUCUUGGUACAAGGUCCUCAUUGGACAGAUGGCCAACGCGCUCACCCUCGUCCUCGUCGCUGCCAUGGCACUGUCAUUCGGAGUACAAGAUUUCAUCGAGGGAGCCGUCAUCGUAGCAGUCAUCGUGCUCAACACAGCCGUUGGCUUCUACCAGGAGUAUCGAGCGGAACAGACGAUGGACUCUCUCCGCUCACUCUCGUCCCCAACCGCCAAAGUCACACGCAACGGCGAAACGCUCACUAUCGCAUCCCGUCACCUCGUGCCGGGCGACAUUGUCACUAUCAGCGUAGGCGACGUCGUACCGGCAGACAUGCGUCUCAUCAGCGUGUCCAACCUCGAAGUCAGCGAACAGCUCUUGACCGGCGAGAGUGUUCCCGUCGUCAAGACCACAGAACCCAUCAAGGAUCCCGAUGGUUCACUGGGCGUGGGCGAUCGCACCAACUGCGUCUUUUCGUCAACGACAGUAUCCAAAGGUCGCGGCGUUGGUAUCGCUACAGGCACUGGUAUGAAGACCGAGAUAGGUCGCAUUGCUCUCGCCAUGGGCGGCAAGAAGUCUUCCCAGGCGACUUCAGAUGAUACGGUUCCGAGAUGGAAGCGGGCCUAUGAAGCUGUCGCUCGAUUUUUGGGUCUCCGUGACGGCACGCCGCUACAGAUCAAGCUUGCUAAGCUUGCAUACGUCCUCUUCGGGUGUGCAAUCGUUCUGGCCAUCAUCGUCUUUGCUGUUGCUCGCUUUCGAAUACGCAAUGAGACUGCCAUUUACGCCAUCAGUACGGCCAUAGCCAUCAUCCCUGAAGCGCUGAUUUCAGUAUUGACCGUGACUAUGGCCACCGGCACAAAGCGCAUGGCCAACCAAGCAGUCAUUGUUCGCAAGCUCGACGCACUCGAAUCUCUGGGUGGCGUGACGAACAUCUGCUCCGAUAAGACAGGUACUCUCACUCAAGGCAAGAUGAUUGUCAGAAAAGUGUUUCUGCCAGCACAGAGAGAGACCGACGAGCGCAUGCUGACCAUUGAGACCGGCAGCAACGCCUUGGAGCCUGUCGGUCGCAUCAGCGAGAAUGACAAAGAGCUCAGACGAGGCGAUCUGGACCCGGCCUUGACUGCAUUCGUUCAGUGCGCCUCGCUUUGUAACGUAUCCAGCGUAUUCAAGAACGGCAAGGGCGAAUGGACUUCUACCGGCGAUCCUACAGAAGUAGCCCUGCAGGUCCUUGCCCACAAAUGCGGCCUCGCGCGUCAUACAUUGACACAUUCUGGCGACGCUGAUGACGACGACGAGUCUUCGCCCAGAUCAGAGACGAUGCGUUCUACACAACCCAAGCAAUUUAAACUCAUCCAGGAGUUUCCUUUCGAUUCGUCCAUCAAGCGCAUGACGACAAUCUACGACGACGCUGAAUCUGGCCAAGCCGUCGUAUUGUCAAAGGGUGCCGUCGAGAGACUGCUCGAGACCUGCACGACGUAUGCGUCUGACGCCCGCGAUACCAGUGCGCCACCCACAGAGCUCGACGACGCCUACAAAUCACAUCUGCUUCGCCAAGUCGAUCAGCUAGCCGGACAAGGUCUUCGCGUGCUCGCACUCGCAUCUCGCCGAUUGCGUCAAGACGAGCAUCCGGAGAAGAUGGAGCGUGCGACAGCUGACAAAGACUUGACAUUCAUCGGCCUUGCUGGCAUUUACGAUCCGCCGAGAGAAGAGACUGUUGGCGCCGUUCGAAAAUGCAAGGAAGCCGGCAUCGUCGUGCACAUGCUGACAGGCGACCACAUCGCCACAGCACGGGCUAUUGCUCUGGAGGUCGAAAUCAUCUCGCCAGAUGCACCAGAAACUGCCGUCAUGACGGCUGCCGCUUUCGAUAAACUCUCCGAAGCAGAAGUUGAUGCUCUGCCCAACCUUCCUCUCGUCAUAGCUCGAUGUUCGCCGUCGACGAAAGUCAAUAUGAUCUACGCCGGCAAGCGCAGAGGACUCUACCUGGCGAUGACAGGCGAUGGGGUCAACGACAGCCCUGCUCUGAAGAUUGCCCCGGUCGGCAUUGCGAUGGGUCUGGCAGGCAGUGAUGUUGCCAAGGAUGCGUCAGAUCUCAUCCUGACCGACGAUCAGUUCGAUUCUAUCACUCUUGCCGUGCAAGAAGGCCGCAGACUGUUCACGAACAUUCAACGCUUCAUCGUUCAUCUCCUCUCAACUAAUGUGGCUGAGGUCAUUCUGCUCAUUGUCGGCCUCGCCUUCAUCGACCGCGAUGGCGCAUCUGUCUUUCCGCUUUCACCUCUGGCUAUCCUGUUCAUCAACAUGAUUACCAGCAGUCCGCCAGCAUUUGGGCUAGGCGUCGAGCCCGCCGCAGCUGACAACAUGCGACGCAGACCUCAUGAUCCGAAAGUCGGUGUCUUCAGCUGGCCUGUGCUCAUCGACACUUUCGUCUACGGAUCCUUCAUGGGCGCAACCUGCCUGCUCGCCUUUGUCAUCGUCAUCUACGGUCUCGGAACGGGCGAAUUGGGCUCAGACUGCAAUCGCGAGUAUCGAGAAGAAUGCCACGAAGUCUUCCGGGCACGCUCUACAGUCUUUUGCACAAUCGUCUGGCAAAUCGUCAUUUAUGCCUGGGAGCUCAAGUCUUUCGAUCGAUCGCUGUUCGCUCUCACGCCCGGAAAAGCGUUCUACAAAGACCUCUGGAGCAAUCAGAUUCUCUUUUGGUCGGUCGUAGGCGGCAUGAUCUUUGUCGUCGUGCCAGUCUAUGUGCCCGGACUCAAUACAAGCGCGCUGUAUCAAUCAAGCAUUGGCAAGGAGUGGGGCAUCGUCAUCGCCAUGGUAGCGGCGUUCAUCCUCUGGGUCGAGGCAUACAAGGCCUUCAUAAGGCCAAUGUCCUGGUACAAACGCCUCGAGGAGCAAUCGGUUAUGGCCGACCCUUAUAGCGCCCGAACCCAAUACGGCGAUAGCAAGGCCUGA